AUGGAUGACAGGGCAACCAUUGUAGCAAGAAUCGUAGCAUUCACCUUGCACUUGCGAGGAGUCCAUAACCUGCUCUUUUACUUCUUCCGCACUCGGAGUUACUAUGAGGCACACCACCACCAACAGCAACGCAACAACACAUUUCUUCUCCAUUUCUUUGCUGCUGUUGGUGGUGCUUCUUUUGAUUUUUCCCCUUCCCUCACCUUGCUAUUGCAGCAACCAGAGGUAUUUAUACAAUCUAAUGCUACUUCCUUGCUAAAUAUAUCCACGGUUGCCCUAACUUUAAGAACAGAAAAAUUUGGAAAUCUGAAAAUAGGAUUUGUUGCUUCCAUGGUUUCUCUGAAUCUCCAUUGGUGUCGCUACGACGAAUGA